AGGCGCCGCCCUCGAGUGCGAGAGCUGCCUGGCCGCCGCAUCGCCGCGCGAGGCCGUGGUGUUGCCUUGCGGCCACGUGCUCCACGAGGCCUGCGCCGCCAGGGCCGCCGCGGAGCUGGGCCGCUGCCCGCAGUGCGAGCGCCCCGCGGCGCCUGGGGCGGCCACCUCGCUCGCGGGAUGGCCCCUGGAGCGCUGGCAGCCGGCGAGCCCGCUGCGGGCGCGCUUCGGCAGCAAGACGGCCGCCGUGAUCGAGAGGGUGCGGGAGGUGCGGGACCGGGACGGCCCUCGGAGCAAGUGCAUCAUCUUCGCCCAGUGGGGCGCGGUCUUGGCAAGCCUCGAGCGAGGUCUGCAGACCGUCGGCAUCCCUCCGCUCAGGCUCGCGGGCAACCCGCGGCAGCAGAAGCAGGCGCUCUCGGACUUCGCAGCGGGCAGCAGCGCCGAGGAGUUCGCCCUGCUGCUGACGUUCGAGCAGUGCUGCGGCGGCCUCGGCCUCGCGAGCGCCCGCCACGUGAUGCUCGUCCACCCGGCGUGCUCGGAGCACGCCGCGGGCCCAGUGGAGCAGGAGAUGCAGGCCAUCGGCAGGGUGCUGCGCCAGGGCCGCAGGGGCCCCGUGCACGUGCACCGCUUCUCCGCGAAGUGCACCGUGGAGGAGGUCCUGGCGCGGCAGCACCAGGAGGCUUGCUGUCGCGCAAGUGCGCACGCUGCUGGCGGUCUUCGCUCAGCAGGGUGACCGCGCCGGGAGGUCAGCGUUUCUGGCUUUCACUUGUAAUGGGCGGCCAGAGUGGGACAUGUGUCACAGCUGCAGUACUCCUCAUCCUCUCAUCCCUCCUGGCUGUGACUGCUCACUCCAGAGGAG